UCACGAAUUGUAAAUAUUUAAGAGAAACAGAGUGGUGUGAAAUGGCGUCCCUUCUUCCAAAAGACGGUGUCCUUCUUGACCUUACUGGCCAAGCUCCUUCACCUUCGAAGAAUUUUCACGAAUUCAAGAUAACCACAACUGAAGUGAUAUGGAGAACAUGGGUGAUUACACUGAGGAAUGAUGCUAAGAGGCUUAGUCCAGGUGAAGUUAUCGAACCAUUGGAAGACUUUCAGCAUGAUGACAGAAUGCAGUUUGAUGUUGGCAAAGUAUUUGGUGAAGGUGUUUUGAACUACGCCAUGCUCCUAUCGAAGGGAUGUUUUGAUUAUAUCAUGAGGGUUCCCAAACCUUUGAUGCUCUACAUGUGCUCAUUCUUAGAGUUGGAAGAUAUUGCCAGACUGUCACAGACCUGCAAGAGUUUUUAUGAGCUCUGUAGUGCAGAGGCAUUAUGGGAGCAGAUCUAUGAGACGCAUUGUGGUACGACUGUCACAGAUGAAAUGAGGUCUUUGGCUGAGGAAAUGGGAUGGAAGAAGAUGUUCUUCACAAAUAAACUUCAACUCCAGGUUAAACUGAGAAGACAUCAACAAAGAAUCCAAUCUCCAGAUAGUGGCACCAGAGCAUUCCUGACAGAAGAUGAUUAAA